AUGAGCCCCAGAGGCUGUCUUGCUGAAGAAAAGAAAGGCAGCCAGAGGGGCAGAGGAGAGGUGAGCAAGGGUGAGUGUGGAAGAGAAAGUACAAAGGCCAUGGGACUGUUGGAAGAGCUGACAGUUACCUACUGGGCAAAGUAUAAGACACCGAUUCACAGAGGUCAUCAUCAGUGUGCGCCUCCCAAACGGGUUUGCUCAUGGAAUCCACCCCGUAACUGUGCACGUCGCAUUUUCUGGCCCCUGGAAGGGGCUGAUUCACCCCCAGCUCCCUCUGCCAGAGCCGGCGCGUCCAAGCCGCCGGGUCAGGGCCGGCGCGCCGCAGAGGCCGGGGUGCAGGCGCCGGGGCCGCCGGCGCGCCCACCCCGAAGCCUUCGUGCAGACGCGCCUCGCCGCUCCUUGGAGACCCAGACUGCUUGUCACCACGCCGCCGUUCUCAGGCUGCAGAAAGACGGCCUCCGGACGUCAACAAAUAACCUGACCUCCCAGGCGGUGGCCUUCGUUCUUUUCAGCCUCGACCCAGUCCCUCACCGCCCCCUGACGCACAGCUGCCAACCCCCUCGUUGUGGGAAAGCGCCGGGUCAACGUGGUCAGUCGCCCGGCAACGCCACUCGCCUCACGUGCGCCCCGGGUUCCCGGCAGGCGGGGCUGCGGUGGCGCGCUGGGGGGGGGGGGCGCGACCCCCUUCCCGGGUGUCCCUAUCCCGGGGCACAACAUCGGUGGGGCGCGAAGCUGCUGUGGCUCGCGACCGCGCUCCCGGGCAAGGCAGGCAGCGAACAAGCGCCGGGGCAGCUCAGGAAGCCGACAGGUGUCCGCGGGGCGAGACCGAUUCCUCGCCUGCGUUCCCCUUCGCCCUCGUCCCGCCGCCCGUGCUGUUUGCUUUACAGCAGCGGAGCUGGGCACUUUUCGGCCUUAAAAUGAGCGCAUCAGCCGCUUGGGCUCAAGUCGGCGGCGGGGGCCGGGCAGAACCGGAUUCUUCGCGGGCUUAGGCGGCCGGGUCGGCACGCGAGGCGGACACUUGGCUGGCCAGGAAGCCCGGGUGAGCGCGGAAGCGGCGAGCGCAAACCGCCGGGGGCGGGGCCGCGGGGUUGCGUGACCCUCCGCCCGGCAGCUGCACGCACUUCGUGCCCCGGUCCGCCCUCCUAGCCUCGCCGGCAGCCUCGCCAUCGCGGGGCAGGAGCACAGGUGCAGGAGGGCGGCGCCCAGUUUCCAUUUUUAUAACCGCAGCCGGGAGAGGAGUCACGCUAUACUUCUGGGACGGGGAGUGAGUUCACCGGAGAGGACACGGCGUCUCCUUGUUAUCGGAACCUGGGUAACAUUUGGUAAUAAAACCCGCUCAGACAGGAUGUAUUAAACGAACUGGGAACCAGAGCUGGUCUAUCA